ACUUCGCCGAGGGCGGGCGGAGGCGCGCGGAGCGGGUGCCCUGCUUUUGGAGCGUGUCCCGAGCGCGCCUGCCCCGCCAGACAGCGCCCUGCCCCGGCACAGGAUGAGCAACAACCAAUUCAACAAGGGACCCAGCUACGGCUUGUCGGCCGAGGUGAAGAACCGGCUUGCGCUGAAAUACGACCCUCAGAAAGAAGCAGAAUUAAGGACAUGGAUAGAAAGCGUCACCGGAAGAGAGAUCGGCCCCGAUUUUCAGAAGGGGCUGAAAGAUGGCGUUGCACUUUGCGAGCUAAUGAACAAACUUCAGCCGGGUUCGAUAAGGAAAAUUAAUCGCUCAGGCCUCAACUGGCACCAGCUCGAGAACCUCUCCAACUUCAUCAAGGCCAUGAUGAGCUACGGCCUGAAGCCCGUCGACGUCUUCGAAGCCAACGACCUGUUCGAGAACGGGAACAUGACCCAGGUCCAGGUGUCGCUCUUGGCGCUGGCCGGCAUGGCCAAGACGAAGGGAAUUGACAGCGGGGUCGACAUCGGCGUGAAGUAUUCUGAGAAGCAGGAGCGGUGCUUUGACGAUGCAAAGCUGAAAGCCGGACAGUGCGUCAUCGGUUUGCAGAUGGGCACCAACAAAUGCGCCAGCCAGUCGGGGAUGACAGCUUACGGCACCCGGAGACAUCUCUACGACCCCAAGAACCAGAUCCUACCUCCGAUGGACCAUUCCACCAUCAGCCUCCAAAUGGGGACAAACAAAUGUGCUAGUCAGGUUGGCAUGACGGCUCCGGGCACAAGGCGGCACAUCUACGAUUCGAAGCUGGGCACGGACAAAUGCGACGACAGCUCCAUGUCUCUGCAGAUGGGCUACAACCAGGGGGCCAACCAGAGCGGGCAGGUUUUCGGCUUGGGGCGCCAAAUCUACGACCCCAAGUACUGCCCCCAGGGCACCCCUGGCGAGGCGGCCAACGCGGCGCAUAACGACGGGAACCAUGGGGAAUCUGAUGCCCUGGAUUCCCCAACUCUCGACAUUUGCCACAUCGCCUGCCGGGAAUUCUAG